UUUGCCAACCAAACCAACCUCUCUAGCUCUCUUUGCUCUCUUUCUCCUACUCCCAUGGAAUCCCACCUGGAGAGCUUAAAAACUCCAUCUCCAGAUCCUUGUGUAAACAAAACCCUAAUCAUCCCUAAUAAUGAAAAAGAAAACAACCUCCAUGGAAUUGUUGGUGGAAAGAAAAGAAGCAGAAGGUUUCUUGGGGUGAGACAAAGACCAUCAGGAAGAUGGGUUGCUGAAAUCAAAGACUCAAAUCAGAAACUGAGGCUUUGGUUAGGAACCUUUGAUAGAGCAGAAGAAGCUGCUCUGGCUUAUGACAAUGCUGCGAGGCUUCUCCGAGGUCGAAACGCGAAAACUAACUUUCCAUGUCAAUCACAAAACAUAAACAAAAACAUACAUGAAGAGAAUUGCAGGACAUUGGAGAAGAAUCCAAGGUUGUAUCAGCUUCUUCAUUGCGCCCUCGCGAAGACUCUCGCGAGAUCAUCUGCAUCUCCAAUGGUGAUCAAUAAUCAAGAUGUGGGGGAUAAAGUUCAUGAUUUUGACAGUAGUACUGUUGAAGAAACUAUACUUUGUUCUUCUACAGCCUCAGAUGGGCUUUAUUCAUAUGGUAGCAGCUCAAAGGUUUAUUCUUCUGUUGUUGUUGCUCCUUCUUUUAGUGCUUCUUUUUAAUUGUCUAGGACCAAAGACUAAAAUAGUUAUCAAGAUAACUCUAGAAAACCUACUCUCUUUUUCCCUUUUUUGAGUGAGUUUUUCAGUCUGUAAAUUAUGUUUUCCAUUCCGCGUAACUUGUAGUUCUGGUUCUUGAGAUAAUC